CGCGACAGACGACAGAGGUGUUAUGAAGUGGCGGUCGAAGCUUUUGCGCUCGGCAUCGCCAGAAUUAUCCAGGUUGGAAGUAGUGAGCUCCCGAAUGUGCGCUCAAUGGCGGUAAUUGGAGAAAGAGAUGGUCUGCAACGAGUGCUUAAAGUUCUGAACACAUCCAAGGUCGCUGAGGAUCGAACGAGAGCUCUUGAGGAUCUUUCUAAAUCUUUCGUCAAAUGCAGCUCAUCCGAGGAGCUUAACAUUAUUGAAACACUGACAACAUGUUGGCAAGGAAAUGCAGGCUCCGCACUUCGUGAUUGUAAAUGGCGAACCCAAAUUUGUCGGGUGGGGAGUUUAAGGCUGCCGGCUGUUCAGAGGGGACCUCAAAUCUUCACACAAUAUGUUCAGUUGGCUACAAAGGCCAUUACAUGGUGCAAGCAAAGUUUACCAGAAAGCAAGUCUCAGGGAGCUCGGCAAGAUGCUCUUCUCAAGCUACUGGGCGAGACCAAUGCUUUUUCUGCAGCCACGUAUUCUGCAGCAGUGGAAUGCUCAUACUUGCUGGAGAAACAAGUUAUUUUAUCAGUGGCGUCACUUAUUAGUGAAUCUUUGAGCUUGGUUAAAGAACUGUGCUUAUUAAAUACAGCGCAAGUAGCAGAAAUGUUCAAGGUUGGCGUGGAAAUGCUCCAGGCUACACUUCGAGUCGUUUCCAAAGUUAACCAAACAGUAACAAAUUCUACAUCGAACACUGUUUCCAAAGACGGAGCUUCCGAGGCACUGCAGAUUAUUAAAUCCGUGAUGCGAGACCUCGAGGAACUAGGAAUAUUGUCAGCUAGAGUGGAAUGGGGAAAGUUACAAAGUGCAGGUGGGAAGAACAUCGUGCUUGUUAAUUUUGCAUGGCGAAGCUGUGUGACUAUCCUCACCUUAUCGGAAAGUAGUCGCACUAUUGUCGCCCCGCUAGUGGACAUUCAAAAGUUGACCGCCCGUUUGAUAUCUCUUGCAACCUAUUCGUUGAAGCGGGCUGUCGAGGUGUGGCUUCCUCGUCCUUCCAAUGAAUCAGCUAAUGCUUCAGAUGUAAAGGAGGAGUUCAGGAAGCGCUGCGUGCUUGUGAAAUUUUUCGGAACACUUGCGUCAAAGAUGUCUUCUUUUUAUCCUGAAGAGGCGGUCGCCCUUAGAACUGUAGUUGUGGACUUCAUUCUGAGGUUUGCGACACUACUUCUGGGUCACACUGGCGAGACACGACCAAAGCAUGCGAUUGGGGUUCUUUCUGAGAUUGUUGCACCAUCAGUCUUUGGUUUUUUACCUUCUCUUCUUGGCGCGUCUGCGGUGAACAUGAGUAUGAAGGUAUUGUUGCUGCAGUCUGUAGGCGGUGGGUAUGAGCCUGUUCCAGCUAUUGAAAACCUCGGUUCAGGUUCAGAGGAGCCGGAGAAGGAUAUAUCUUUGCCGGAAUGGGACAACAGCGCUCAAGGAGGAUGUCUACCAAGUCGAGUGAUAGUGUUUCUGCAGCUGCUCGAGAAUUCUGAAAAGUACGUGCCAGAUUUACUGGUGGAGCUUGCAAAAAGAUUAGACUGGAUUUUGAAUUCGAUUGCAGAGGAUGAGGUUUACGCUGCUCUUGUGCAGAUACAGUUGUUUCCGGCACCUUCACCUGAUUCUACCACAAAAUCGCAUUCACAGUUGAUGUAUUUGUGGAUGUUGAAAGUGCUAGAGAAGUUCAUCGUACUUGCCUCUGGUUCCCCAACAGCAUGGAUGGAGAUCCAGGAAUUUCUAUUCAAAAACGCUCUCCACCCGAAUGCGAUUUGCGGUGAGCUUAUCAAACACCUCUGGGGCUUUAUCGCCAAACUUAGUGACGUAGGAUUGAUUCAAGGGCAUAUAUCCGGCCUUGUGUCACUCCUCCGUGCUGUAACAUCAGCUGAAGACCCGCUGCAGCUGGCAGUUAAAAGGUUGGCGCAAUUGAUUUGCUUUUUAGUUCAAACGGUUCCAAGUAUGGGAGCUUCACACCUCUUCAAUCUCAUAUUCCAUGAGGAUCCUUUUGCCACUCAGUCAUCUUCCAGGAUUGUGUCGGUGCUUUUACAAGAAGGCUUUACAAUGGAACUUCUACCAGAAGUUGCAAGAGAGGGUUACGUUGCCACUUUCUUGAGACACUGUUUAUCCGCUGUCAAACGAAUGACUGAGGGCAAAGAAAGCUCAGAUGGGAGGUUGCAGGAUGCUAUGUGGUGUUUGUUACAUCUUUUGAAUCAAUGUGGGGACAGAAUUGAACAAACACAGAUGCAAGAGAUUAAGGGAUUAACAUUUGACUCUUUCACGAAGAGUUCUCGAAUCAUCUCUAGCGGUAAUCAAUUCAGUGGUUACGUAAUCGGCCCUGUACUUCUCAUCGUUUCCUUCUUUUUGAAACAAGAGACACGCCCUAAGUCCCUCAAUAAUCUUCUGAUAAAGAUUGAGGAGGUCGUGAAGUCGGCAUCUCAGGAUGAUGCUUUAGCCUUGAAAACGUCUCUUGCGGAAUUUCUUUCCAGCCUAAGUUCAUUUGAGUUUCCAGAGGAGGUGGGCAAUCCAGCAAGCGAGGCUCUGUGGUAUCUGUAUCAUACUGUCCUGCGUGAGCAGCACUGGGCUCUUGUGCAUUCGGGUUUGUCAUCCUUUGGUUUUUUCGCCGAGCAUACGCCGUGUAAUGAACUUUGGCGUUUCGUUCCAUCGGAUCCAGGGCUUGCAUCGGAUGUGCAUGAAAGUACGGAGAGUGGCACCGACAUGUUCAUGAGCACAUUGAGGAGCUAUUUAGAGAAGGAGACUAUGUCCGCCUCUUUAACAGUUACAGACACAGAGGUCGAUCUGUUGCACCACGAAGCCAAGAGGCAACGGACAUCUUAUUUUCAGACACUACAGCAAAAGGAACGAGAAUUACCAGAAGAAAAGACCAUAGUGGUAGAUCUCGACUCUAUGGAUGUCGACAUUGGGCCGCGUAAGACAUUCGGGCUGAAGGAGAAAUCAAAGCCCGAUGAGUUGAAGACGGCAAUGCUGAUGUUGCAAGAAGGCUUUUCUCUUCUCAGCCACAUAUCCCCCGCAUGGUUAAGCGGAUCUGAUGCAAAACUUGACGAAUGGCGUUCAAUUAUCUCCCAGCUAUCAGCUGUGAAUAAGGGACUUGCUUCAUUGUGACGAGUUGAUUGCAGCCUCGUGAGCAAGUCUUCCUCAGGUUUCGGGAAGGAGUUUUACUAGCUUUUGCAUAGCGUUCAUUGUGGUAUGAAGAGGAGUCUGGAGAGCAUGUCGUAUUACAGACAUGAUAUUAGUAGAGCUCGGUUAAAGCAACCUGCGGUGGAAUUAACACUUGAUGCUUUUACGGCCGGCUAAUCUUAGGUCGUGUUCGUUGAGUAGGAGCUGAUUUACACAGAUGCGUUCAAAGCUGAGCGACCCUCGGAUGAGUAAAGAUGUCGUCUGAGAGGAAGGCAAGCAGUUGUUUCAAUCACGGUACUGGAUUCAUGCAUUUUAUCCCUAGAGAUUUUGGUAGGCACGAUUCGACUGGACUGCUUUAAGGAGCUCCUGUUCUUUAGUCCUUGCCAACUGUACUACUAGGUUGUCUGAAGUGGUUAAUUUGGCCAGGGAUUAGUCAGGGCCAUCACUGACAUUAUCCCUCCCUGCUGUCGUGUUUCCCUUCUGGUAAAUGUAUAUUAGUUUACCUCCUGGAAUGGAUUGGGGUAGUAUGGCUGUCUAUAUACCCCCAUUUGGAAAA